CAGAGUGGAGGCUCAACACACAGGUGAAGCUGAACUUAGAAGUUGCAGUAGGUUACGGUAGGCAGGAGGGGGUGAUGUCCGGAGCAGAGAGCAGCCCUCUGACCACUCACGUGCUCAACAUCGCAGAGGGGGCCCCGGCCACUCGAAUGGCCCUAAGUCUGCACCGGUUGGACCACAACACCAAGAUCUGGAACAUGCUCACUGUUGGGACUACAAACACAGAUGGUCGGUGUCCAGGGCUCAUCUCCAGAGCAGGCUUCACUCCAGGGACAUACAAACUGCGCUUUGAGACGGGACAGUACUGGGACAGCCUGGGACAGACCGCCUUCUACCCCUAUGUGGAGGUUGUUUUCACCUUCAAGGAGCCAGACCAGAGAUUUCAUAUCCCUCUUCUCCUGAGCCGCUUUUCCUACAGCACAUACAGAGGUAGCUGAGGCAAACCAGCUUAUUCA